UGCACGUUAUGGGCACUGCGUGGGGCUCUCCUGUGGUCCUGUACGAGUCCUCCUCCGUCAUCGGCCGCUGCUAUGCAUUCAAAACGCAGCACAUCGUCGAGGGCGCCGACAAAUUCCUCUCCACCUAUCCCGGCGUAUGGCGGCUAUCGGGGGACCUCUUGCUGGAGCUGCUGGAGCUGUGCAGCGGGGAAGAGCCCUUCUUUGCGAAUGGAGGCGGGUCGCCGUCGUCCAGGAGGGGCUCGGGCGAUGAAGGCGACCCUGUCGAGGAGCUCCUUGGGCUAUUCUGCGAGGCUCAGCAUGGGCAGGGGCCUCACAAGACAGUGGAUCUCUUCCAGGUGCUCAUCACGUUGGCCCUGGUCUCGCAAGGAGAGUUCCACGAGAAGGUCUACUUCGCGUUCGGGCUGCUGGAUUUUGACAAGCGCGGUGGGCUCACGAAGUCGGUCGUGUUCCUGCUGCUCAUGACGGCACUCAAAGGGGCAUACGCACUCACCAAGAUCGUCCCUCCCCAUCUCUCACACGUGGAAGCCCUCGUCGAGUCUCACCACCCCCCACCUCCGGGAAUGGCUGUGGCUGCCUCAGGCGACGACGCUCGGUGGUCGGCCAACUAUUUUCUCGGGUGUCUCAACAGAGUGCACGUUGUGCAGAGCUACUAUGCGGUCCUGACAAGGCCACAGAGCACUCUCGAGGCGAAGAAACGGCUGGAGGCGCUGUGGCAGGACUUCCGCCGGUUCACUCGGCUGCUUGUGUACAAGAAGACGCGCAAGGAUGGCAAGAGAGACAGAGACAGAGAGAAGGAGGGCAAGGGGGGAGGGGAGGGGGAGGCAGAGAGGAAGGGUGCAAAAGGGGACUCUCAGGCUGAGGACGAGAUGAUCAAGUUCACGAUGGGCGACGUCAAGACUGUUCUCAAAGACGCCGGUGAGCCUUGACCGUUCCUGUUUUUCCCUCUGCAUCAUUUUUAUCCAUUUCAGGGUUGCCUUUGGUGAGCGUGGAUCUGAUAAUGGAUGCGCAGCUGUGUGCCAUGGCUCUGUGUCGCGAUGCGGCGAUCCCAUUCCUCAAGUGGGGGGACGACGGCAAUGGCAACGGCAACGGGGAGGGGGGAGAGGGCAAUGGCAACGGGGCGGGUAGUGGCUUUCUGCCCGGCACACCCCUGGGGCUGCUGGUACGCUUGCAACUCCAUAACGAUUUCUUUCCUUGCACCGCAUGUGUGCGUGUGUGGCUUUAGGGCAUCAUGUCUGACGAUUUGCGGAUCAUCAUGGCCUUUGUGGUCGCCUUUGCCGCGCUUGACCUGCACGCGACUGGCCUCGUGCACAGGGGUGAGCCUGCGUGCGUGUACAUCAGCGUGUGCAGCAUAUAUAUCAAGGAGAAUCGACAUCGACAUACUCUUUUUUCCGAUUGUCAGGUCAGUUCCACUACCUGGCCGAUUUCCUGACCGAGAUUGACGCCGACCUGUUCGGCUACAUCGAGAGUGUGGACGACCUGCGCAUCAGCAAGUAGGUGACUGAGGGCAAAUGAGAAGAAUGACACAGAACACGAGAACAAAGAAUGCAUUGCCAUUAUUCACACAGACACCACAGCGCGCCUGCGGACAUCAACAUCAUGUCGCGGUCGUCCACCCACACUCACACGGUGCCCACUGUCAGCCCGCAGCGGAUGUCGAUUGAGCUGACGUCGUCAGCGGGGGCGAUUCCAGCGGGUGAUGAUGAUCAGUGGGUGAUUGAAGGAGAGGGCGAGGGAGAGGGGGAGGACGCUUCACCUUUAUCAGCUGCUGAUGGUGCUGGCGACGAAGGGAACGAGACGCAGAAUAUGGACGAGGUGAGCUAGAAAAGGGCAAAGAUGUACAUCAUGAUGUGUGUAGAUCUCUCCCUCUCUCUCUUGUGCGUGUGUGUGCGUGCCGUGUUGUGUUGUGAAAGGGGGAGGGAGAGGAGGGGGAUCUGGGUGCUUACAUGGAGGACACCCGGGAGCAUUUCAUCCGCUUUGAGACAUUUGUCCGGGAAGGGGCCGCGCGAGUCAUCCUGGUGUGCAGAGGAUCGUUACACACACAGAGAGAGGGAGAGGACAUCUUCUGGCAUGUCUGUCUGUCUGUCCGUCUGUCUAACCGGUUGCAGAGGAACCGGCAGCAGUAUGAGCUGAAGCUGCGCAGCGCUUUUGAGAAGUACGACAGCGACGGCUCGGGGUUCAUCGACAAGACAGAAUUCGCGGCGGUAAGCAAACCGAUAUAGCGAUACGAUCAAUACACGCACACACUUUCCGGUGCACUGCAGGCCAUUCAGGACAUGAUGUACUCGAUAAUCAUGCCAGGCGAUUCACAGCAAAGAAGCCUCAUCGGUCAGCCCAUCCCAAACCCCAGCACGCCCCCCCUCCCCCACACACACCCCCGUGUGUGUGUCCAGAUCAGAUCGGCGAGUCGAUAGCUGAGCAGCUGAUGCGCGAGAUGGACGAGUCGGGCGACGAGCAGAUCGACUUCGCCGAGUUCAAGACCGCCAUUGCCGUCAUACACAAGAAGACCGUUGAGAUCAAAAGGGCCAUCAAGAAUGCUUCGUCACUCGUAUGUUCUUCACACAGAGACACACACAAACACACAGAGACACAAGUGUGUUGAAAUCUUCAUGUCUCUCUCUCUCUCUCUCUCUCUCUCUGUGUGUGUGUGUGUGUGUCCUGUGGCUGCAGUACUCUGUGCGUGAGGUGCUGAUGCAGCAGCAAGGCAGCAGCAGCAGCAACCACAACCACCAUGAGCAUCACGGCCACCACGGCGGACACCAAGGAGACGAUGCCAUUGCCACGGACUCUGUCACAAAGGGCCUGGUGCUGCCCGGCACCCACAAUGCUCAUCACGCCCACACACACCACCACCACCACCACCAUGCGAAAAGGGGAUCGUAAUGGACACAAUGGAUGGAUGGAUGGAUGGAUGGAUGGAUGGGAGUCGGGGAGACAGUGGAUUUGUCAAUGAGGUGUGCCUUUGAAACAACAGACGCCGUUGUUGGUUGAUUGCAGGUUUGCAUUGCAUUUGUAUGUGUCAACUAUCUGGGUGUCCACACACACAUAACAUGAACA